AUGGAUGAUGAUGGUGCGCUUGAUGCCUUCCGACUUGAGCCCUGGUUCUCUUCUCUACUCUACUCCCUCUCAGCACUUCUCAUCUCCUUGCCACGCGCAUUCAUUCACGACAGAGGCACAUACUCACAUCACGUCGAUCAGCGAUAUCGUGCCAGUAACACUCCAACGAGAAUGGACCUGGAUAUCCGAAUAUCUGAUGUGACGCCCAAUCAUAUUAAGGAUUCCUUACCAAUAGUUUCCGAGGACAUCGACAGCCGAUUUUUCACCCUUCACGGACGACUCAUUACUACCUCUCUGCUGCCCAGAUAG